AUGCAUGGAGCUGCAAUUCUGGUCGUACUUGGUGCUGGCUACAUUGCCCGGCAGUACGGAAUUCCACCUCCUCCACCGAAGAUAGCUGGAAUCGAUUUAGGGACCACAUUUUCAUCCAUAGGCAUUUAUCACGCGGUCUCUGGAGAAACAACUAUUUUGCCUGAUGAUAUUGGAAAGAAGUCCGUCCCGAGUGUUGUGGCGUUUCUACCUAAUGGUACAGUAUUGGUGGGUACUCGGGCAGUAGAGCAACAGGAAAAGAAUCCACAGCGAACUAUUUAUGAUGCAAAGCGGUUCAUCGGGCGAACGUUCGAGAGAGACAACGAAAACUUCUUGGCCGAUCAAAAACGAUAUCCGUUCCUUAUAAAGUUGGACGAUGGGGGUCACGCUUUUUUUGAAGUUCCACUUGAUUCUGGGAUGAAAAAACUCUAUCCGCAAGAAGUUGGAUCAAUUAUAGUUAAUUAUCUAAAGAAUUCGGCUGAAAAACAACUAAAAACACCGCUGAACCAGGUGGUUAUCUCCGUGCCGGCCGAGUUUAGUGAGAGCCAACGCAAUGUAACUGGAAAGGCAGCCGAACUAGCCGGAAUGGAAGUGCGUCGUGUGAUCUCUGAGCCAACUGCUGCCGCUCUUGCUUACGGUUUGCAUGAAAAGAAGGGCGUGGAAAACGUGGUUGUGAUUGAUCUUGGUGGUGGAACAUUGGAUGUGUCUGUUCUUUGGCUUCAAGGAGGAGUUUUUGUAACACAAGCUAUGGCUGGAAAUAACCGAUUAGGAGGACAGGAUUUCAAUGACCGUGUUCAGAAGCAUGUUUUAUCUGUUUUGCGACAGAGAUUUGGAGAAGUCAUCAGCGACAAGGAGGAUUUACAACAGAUCCGCCUUGAGAUCGAAAAUGCAAAAAUUAGAUUGACAUUUCAUCACAAGGUUUUGAUGAAAUUUCGUCUGAAAGGUAUUGGAGAUUGGCAGAUGGAGUUACUUCGUGAUGAAUUUGAAGAGUUAAAUGCCGAUCUUUUUAAAUCAAUUGAGCAACCUAUCGAGGCCGCCUUAGCUGAUGCACAACUUGAGCCGUCAGAAGUUGAUGAAAUAGUUCUCGUUGGUGGAUCCACACGUAUACCAAAGGUGCGUCAGAUCGUCGGCCACUAUUUCGGCAAGCCUCCGAAUUUUGGUGUUGAUCCGGAGCUUGCCGUUGUCACUGGAGCAGCAGUGCAAGCUGGUGUAAUCGGAGGAGGAUGGCCUUUACAAGUUGCAGCGAUGGAACUCCCAAGUAAAAGACGAAAGCGCCAUUUCUAUACAGAGCAGCAAAAAGUAGACGAAAAAGAAAUGAGCGUAUGA